CAUCUUAUCUAGUUCGCGUUUCAGAAAUGCAUUUAAACUAUAACCGUUUUCUUUUCUUCUUAGUCCUAGCUUCUUUUCUAUUUCCUUUUUGUAAUUGUAAUAAUGAUCACGAAGAUUUAAAGGCCAAGAAAGCCGGACUGAUUAAAAAACAUAUUAAAAGAUUAAGAAAAGAAGACGGCGCUAUAAAGUUAGUGGGUGGACGGGAUGAAUUCGAGGGCAACUUAGAAAUAUUGCAUAGAGGUCGAUGGGGGUCAAUAUGUGACGACGAAUGGGAUUCUUUGGAAGCGUCUGUGGUUUGUAAACAACUCGGUUACGAUGAAAAACAUGCCAAAGCGACCACCAGUUCUCAUUUCGGUUUGUCAAAAAGAAAAUUUUGGAUGGACAACAUUUAUUGUAAUGGAACUGAAAAGGAAUUGACCUUAUGUAGAUUUAAUGGGUGGGGCAAUAGCGAUUGCGAUAUAAACGAAGCCGCAGGUGUGAUUUGUAUUGAUAAAAUAAAACAUCAAAAUUAUUCAUCUUCAGUCUUCAAUAAACAGGAAAUAGCAUUAACGAAAUUAGGAAAAUUUCGAAAGAUAGCUUUAAAAGGGGGUAGAAUUCCAGAAGAGGGUUUUGUUCAAAUAAAAAAGUCUAAUAACGGAUUAUGGUAUACCGUUUGUGGAGAGGGUUUUUCGUUGUUGGAGGGCUUGGUGAUAUGUAAAACGUUAAACAAGGGCUUUGCAAAGUAUGCAUUGCAGACUAAUGCCUUUAGAGUUUUAGGGAAUUACUCUGGAAUAGCUGGCCUGCAAUGCAGGGGAAAUGAAACUCAUCUUAGCGAAUGUGUUUAUAAUAAUUUAUUUAAAGGAGAGUGCCCGUCAGGUGUAGUCGCCACGGUUCAAUGUGUAAAGGAUAUGGCUGACUUAGUUAUAAAUCAUCUCGAAAUAAUAAGAACCGCACAUCUAGAAGAUAGAUCGAUGUACUUUUUACAAUGUGCCAUGGAAGAAAAUUGUCUAGCAUCUCGAGCUUACGAUAUUCAGAGGGAAGAUCCUUAUUGGUUUUAUCGCACUAGACGUUUACUUAAAUUUACUGCGAGCAUUUUUAACGGCGGCACCGCCGACUUUAGACCCUUCCUACCUAAACAUAUGUGGGAAUGGCACAUGUGUCAUAUGCAUUUCCACAGUAUGGAAAUUUUUGCAACUUUCGAUAUCUAUGAUGGAAAAGGAGUCCGUGUUGCGGAAGGUCAUAAAGCCUCCUUUUGCUUGGAAGACAACCAGUGUUCGCCUGGGGUUCUGCCUCGAUAUGCCUGUGCUAAUUUCGGAGACCAGGGAAUUUCUGUGAAUUGUACAGAUAUUUAUUUGUAUUCAGUCGACUGUCAGUGGGUUGAUAUUACAGAACUGAUGCCGGGAUUAUAUACGAUGAAAGUAGCUGUUAAUCCGGAAUUCAAAGUUCCAGAGAUGAACUAUGAGAACAAUGCCGCUGUCUGCCAGUUAAUUUACAGCGGAACAUACGUUGCCAUAACUAAUUGUAAGCUACAGAAGCCUUAAAAUUGUUCAAAUAAUUAUGUUAAGUAAACGCAUACAUAAAUCUGCGAUGUUUUACAAUUUAUUGAGUAUCGUCAACUUCUUCAUUUUUUUAUUUUUCACACACUA